UCCGCUUCGUGUUGGUCUCACUAACUGGAUAUUUUUGUGUGUGAGGCGACAGGUGCCAUAAGAACACAGGGAAACGUGUUGGAGGAGUAGGUAAUAAGACGCCCCCAGCAGCGCCCCCUUCACCAUGGGAGACGUCGACGAAGACCGGGAGAGCAGGGAGAAUGAGAUAAAGGAGGUGGAGGAAGAGGAAGUAUUUAGGGAAAAAUGGAUGAACCAGUGUUAUGAGAAGCUCAUUUAUCCCAACCCGGCGUGCGUUCAGGUUCUGGACAAAGUGAACCGCGCUUUGGUCUCCCGCGUGACUCGGCCUCAAAACACGAAUCUGAAGCAACAGGCGCUCUUCAGUCUCCUCGGCCGCGAGUUCGUGGAACAGCACUUCCCGCUUCAGAAGUACGAUGUCUCGAUCUUGGAACCUCCCAGAACAAAUUCCAAGAAUAAGGAAAAAUAUAUGAAUGAAAUGCGGGAGUUUCUGCAGAAUGCUCUCAACCAAGCCAUGUCGGACUGCGAUUACCCCGACGACGUCUCCUCCUACCAAGAGGACGACGAACUGGGUCACUUUCUCCACGAAGUCCGGACGAGCUUCAGGGAGGGACUAAGGAAGCACACGGCUAUUGUCAUGUUCCAGGAGGAAGCCGAGAAAGAGCGUCAGAAGGAGGAGAAGCGGAAGCGAAACGCGAAGGACGGCGGCGGCGGCGAUGGCGACUUUGGCACCGGCUUCGACACCGACGAAGGCAACGAUACGGACGACGAACUGGAGCUGGCGAAGCGGAAGGCGCAGAAGACGAACGCGGGGACCAAGCCUUCGGACAUCGCCGGCCGCGCCCUUGUCGCCUUCAUCGCCCACGACGAGGCGCUCAAGUGGAAGUACAUGGAGAGAAUCCGCGAGCGCCACCUCGGGCUGCCCACAGAACUCCGUCGCUUCUUCUGGUGGGAAUUCCUGAAGGAGAAGGAAGCCGCCAAGCUGAAGCCCAAGCCGGAGGACGACCUGAAGGAGCUGGUCAAGAGGAACUUCGACAAGACGCUCGCCAAGGAGAUGAAGGCGCAGCAUCUGGACAGGGCCAUCCGGAGCAACAACUGGAAGGUUAUCGACCACGCCGUCAUCGAGAACUACGACAGCACAGCCUGCCUCGCGAGUUUGGACACGGACGAACACAUGAUCCAAACGACACGGACGCUCAACAUUCUGGACGUCCAUUCGAAGCAGUUUUGCGUUGCUCAGAUUUACUGGCUCAUCCCUCUGCAGUUGUUGCUCAACACGGAGGAGAAUCAGGAUGAUGAAAAACACAUGAUGACCUUAGCCUCCUACCUGGACCUGGUGACACGCCACUGCAUGCCGAGCUACAAAGAAGUGUUCGACAUAGCUGAGAAAGUGAUGAAGACGGUGAGUAAGGAGGACCCCGAUUACCACUCACACAUCACCAAGUGUCUCUCUACUCAAGUGAGCAGGAUUAACUUGAAGGAUUUCCCCCCCGAAAUUCUGGUGAAGGAAACCAAGGCCUCGGCGAAGCUCCAUGCCGAGCUCCUGAAGCGAGAUAUGAAGGAAAUGAAGCCGAAAUACCAGAAGAUCUUCACCGACCCCGCCAUCUUCGUCAGGAAGUGGCUCGUGCAGGGCUACAUGGGCGCCCUCAGCAUAGCCUCGGGCCUGUGGGUGUGGGACGAGCUGUUCCUGAGCCAGUGGAAGCCGGUUCUCCUCGAGCGCGUCGGCGUGGCGGUCAUGUCCCUGAUCAAGCCGUGGAUGACGAGGGCCAAGAUGUACUCGGGAGCGAGGAAGGUAUUCCUAGACGAACCGGGGAAGAUCUACCUGAGUGAUCUACGGAAGGCAGUCGCACACCUGGACAGAGGAGGAACCUACGCGGAGAUCCCCAGCAGCAAGAACUUUAUUGAGAGGAAGACGGAACCGGAGACUCAGGCCAUGGCGGAGAAAAAAGAACCGCAGAGGAGGAGGAGAGACAGCAAGGUCGACCAGAAGAAGAACAAGGACGAGGCGAAGGAGAAAGAGAAAGAGGAGGAAGAGGAGACCGAGGAGACUCCGCCAGGACGUGCCCGAGCUGCAGAUGUAACCGAGGUUGAGGAGUGAGCAAGCGUAGGGUCUCCUCAGGCGGUCGUUAUGUUGGUCAAGAAACGCGAGACAUCAAGAUCAUAAACCGAAGAAAAUGAAAGAAGAAUCCAUAAGUCAAAUCCUUCAAAAAGUGAACAAUAAACACAACGAUUUACUAAAAAGUUAAUCUCCAACACUGCUUUUUUUUUCUUUUCUUUCAUUCGCUUAAAGCAUUCUUGUCACUCACAAUCCUAGCAUGCUUGAGCCACGCCAAGAUUGAUGUAUCGAGGCAAGACACUUGGAAUUCAUAAAUAUUUGAUGCGGGCGAUAUUUCAAAUCAUUAGGACAUUUGUAUUUACACGCGAUGUGCCUUUGAGUCGACGAUCAAAGCAGUGUUUAAUGGACUUUUUCAAGACUGUCGCACCCUCGCUUACAAUGGCCGUUACACGCAAUAUUUUGUCACCUCGCUACUGUCCUUUGCCGUUCUAAGACGCAGUGUAUCCUUGUUGCAUUUUUAAAAGCUUUUUAUAAUUGCUUUGACGCUAGAUAUUUCGGAAACAGUCAUUGUUCAUAAG